UUUCUUUUCCUUUUUAAGUUAGCUCUUAUAUAUACCUACGUUGAGGAAGAAACACGAAAAGCGAAAAGCCAAAAAAAAAAUAAAUUAAAAAAAGAAAGUGAAGAUGUCUCCAUUUUAUUUAAUAUUUUUUGUCUCAAACUCAAUCUUCCUUUUAUCUUUAUUUUCAUUUACAAUUCAUGCCCAUCGUUGCACUGAGAAUUUUUGGUCUGAAACCCUCAGUAGAAAUCUUACAUUAUGCAAGAGAUACAGACAUAGGAAUGGAGUUGAAUUUGGAUGGAAAAUCGAGAACACGACUCAAACUCUCCAGGUAAUAGUGGGAGCAAGAUUAGAAAGUGAAACAGGGUGGCUUGCCUGGGGUUUGAACUUUGGACCAGAACCAAGAAUGGUAGGGACUCAAGCAUUUAUUGGCAUCAAACAAAAAAAUGGUUCAUUUCUUGGUGACAAGUACAAUGUCACAGAAUAUAUCAAGAUAGGGUGCAAUCUCUUACCUUCUGCUAUUGAUUUGAAUGUAAGCAAAUUGGAGUUUAGUUCUCUUGAACAUAUUCAGUAUCACAUUAUAGAAGCCACUAUACAUCUUCCUCAAACAGCAAAUAUUUCAAACAUUAAUCAUGUUUGGCAAGUUGGAAAAAAUGCAAGUGGAAUGGAACCCAAGAUUCAUGAAAAAACUCUCAAAAACUAUGAUAGUGCAGAGACCAUAGAUUUGCACACUGGUGAACCUAUAAGUAUUCGAUCUGCUAGACGUCGUCACGCCAGAAUUGCUCAUGGAAUACUUAGCAUUAUUGGUUGGGGUGUAGUACUGCCUAUUGGGGUGAUAAUAGCUAGGUAUUUCAAAAAGGGUCCAAUACACUGGAAUGAACAUGAUCAAUGGAAAUAUGCUCAUAAGGCAUGUCAAGCAUGUGGAUAUAUUAUUGGUGCAACUGGUUGGGCACUCGGAAUGUGGCUUGGAAAUUCUUCCAAACAUUACUCUUUCCCCAAACAUGGAGCUUACGGCAUCUCAAUCUUCACAUUUGCCACCCUACAAACGCUGGCACUGAGAUAUAAGCCCCACAAGAACGAUCAACUUCACACAUACUGGAGUAUAUACCAUCUUGCUCUUGGCUAUGCAUUGUUGUCAGUGAUUUGUGUCAACAUUUUCAAAGGCAUCAUAAUAUUGCAAGAAGAAGAUACGUGGAAACCUGCCUAUAUUGCAGUUAUAGCAUGUCUUUUUUUCAUUUUCAUUGUCUUCGAAAUCAUCAAUUGGAUCAAAUUCAAAGUUGAUAAAAAGAAAACCGAUCAAGAAAUGUCCUCAAAUGGCACAUCCUACAAAUAGAUACAUUCUCUUUUUUUUUUUUUUGCUGUAUUGAGGAUGCUAUAUCUUGUUUGUCUUUUGUUUUUUCAUAAUUGCGAUCUUUUGAUAACUUUGCUCACAUAUCUAUCAUAUUGUGUUUGGAUUAGUUUGCACACAUAAGUAUAAGAUAACUUUACAUGUAU